GAGAUCUCGCCCUCUUUAUAACUCGCAGGGGGGACUGCGGCCUUCCUUUGCUCCCGCGCAGCCGCCGCCGCCGCCAUGAGCAGCAAGGUCUCCCGGGACACCCUGUACGAGGCGGUGAAGGAGGUGCUGCAGGGCAGCAGGGUCAAGAAGCGCAAGUUCGUGGAGACGGUGGAGCUGCAGAUCAGCCUCAAGAACUAUGACCCACAGAAGGACAAGCGUUUCUCCGGCACCGUCAGGCUGAAGUCAACCCCUCGGCCCAAGUUCUCGGUGUGCCUGCUGGGGGACCAGCAGCACUGCGAUGAGGCCAAAGCAGUCGACAUCCCGCACAUGGACAUCGAAGCUCUGAAGAAGCUCAACAAAAACAAGAAGCUGGUGAAGAAGUUGGCUAAGAAGUACGAUGCCUUCCUGGCUUCUGAGUCUUUGAUCAAGCAAAUUCCUCGAAUCCUGGGACCAGGGCUGAACAAAGCCGGCAAAUUCCCAUCCCUCCUCACCCACAACGAGAACCUGGUGGCCAAGGUGGAUGAGGUCAAAUCUACCAUCAAGUUCCAGAUGAAGAAGGUGCUCUGUCUGGCUGUGGCUGUCGGCCACGUGAAGAUGACAGAGGAUGAGCUGGUCUACAACAUCCACUUGGCCAUCAACUUCCUGGUGUCCUUGCUGAAGAAGAACUGGCAGAACGUGCGUGCGUUGUACAUCAAGAGCACCAUGGGGAAGCCCCAGCGCCUCUACUAACAGGGCAGCAAUAAACUUUUAGGACACCUACA